AUGGUGGAAGAUAUGCUGGAUUUUAAUGAAAAUCUUCUUGAGUUGGAUCCAGAAGAAGCAUUGGCCGUUUACUCAUCAUAUGGUUUGUGGGGCAUGAUUGGGCAGCAGGGUCGACUAGAAUCUCUGAUGAAAGUCAUAAAAAAUAUAAAUCCUUGUGUUAUGGUGGUAUCCGAAGCUGCAGUAAAUCUUAACUCACCCAAAUUUGUGAAUCGUUUUAUUGAAUCACUUUUCUAUUUUGGGGCAUUCUUUGAUGCUUUAGAAGACUGUAUGGAUCGUGAAGAUGAAAAUCGUGCUAUCACCGAAUCAGUGUACAUGGGUAAUGGAAUAUGUAGCAUUAUGGCAACUGAAGGAGCAGAAAGAGUGAUACGGAAUGUGCAUAUCAAUGUCUGGAGAAAAUUUUUCACACGGUUUGGGAUGAAGGAGACAGAAUUGAGUAUGUCUUCUUUAUAUCAAGCAAACCUGGUAGCAGAAAAAAUUUGCUGUGGAAGUUCUUGCACCUUUGAUAUGGACGGAAAUUGCUUAAUUAUUGGGUGGAAAGGAGCACCAAUCCAGUUUCUUUCCGCUUGGAAGUUCUCAUGA